AAUCCAGAAUCACCGAAAUUCCGAUCAUUCUGGAUCUCGAACUUUGUACAGCAUUUCAUAUUGUUUUUGGAGGAGAAAUUACCAUAUUUAAAGUUGCAUCUAUUUCACUUUUAUAAAAUCUUGGUGUUAUGUUAUGUGAUCCUUAAAUGUAUUUAUUUUACAGGCUUUGCUGACCUUGCUGAAUCAUACCUUCAUCAGUUUAAAUGGGGUCAUACUUUCCUCACUCUAAAUCAAGAAUUGCUUUCUUCAUAUGCAAAUUGUACAACAUCAAAGGACAUUUUAAUUAUUCAAGAUGACUAUUUAAAGAAACUUCAAGAUGAACGCAAUGCUGUCAAAGAUGAAAUUGAUUUGCCUCCAACAGAUGAAGAUUCUGAUGAAUCAGAUAUAUCAGCUAGUGAUUCUAAAGAUUAAUUUGUUAAAAAAAACUGUUAUUUUAACUCAGUUUGACAUAUAUUUUUUCAAGAACUUUUUUCUUUGUUGUUGUUGUUGUUUCAUAUUUCAAGUAAAGGUUUAAGAAGAUUCUGAUGAAUCAGAUAUCUCA